AUGAAUGGUGAUUUCUCCAAUAUGAGUCAACUGGUAGACUCUCACACCACCUCCAUCAAGAAAAUUGAGCAACAGUUGGGGAAACUUUCAGCCUCAUUAAAUCAGAGGAAGAAUGGGUCACUACCAAGUGACACAAUCCAAAAUCCUAAGAAGGACGGGUAUUGCAUGGCUAUCGCCACCAGGAGUGGUAAGGUUCUAAAUGACCCAAUUUCUACAGGUACUAAACAUGAGCAAGUGUUGGAGCAAGCUGGAAGAGAGGAGGAUGAAGCUGAACAAGUAUAUGACUUGGAGGAUGCUCAACCAAUAGCAAAACAAGCAAGAGCAAAAGAAAAAGAGGUCAAGGGAACUAUGCCUCUUCAGCAGAUACUAAGACCACCUCCUUUUUUCCCUCAAAGGCUUAAAAAGAAAGUCGAAGAUGGGAAAUUUGUGAAGUUCAUCACCACGCUACGACAGCUGUCAGUAAACAUCCCACUGGUGGAAGCACUAGAGCAAAUGCCAGGAUAUGCCAAGUUCAUGAAGGACUUGGUCACAAAGAAAAAAGUUGUAAAUAUUGAUUUAACUGACAAUGUUCAUCACUACAGUGCUAUUGCUACCAGAUCUCUAGUACAGAAGAAGGAGGAACCGGGUGCAUUCACCAUACCGUGCACCAUCAGAUCAAUUGAAUUCCUGAAGGCCUUGUGUGACUUAGGGGCCUGUAUAAACUUGAUGCCACUGGCCAUCUACAAGCAACUUGGAUUAGGAGUUCCAAAACCCACAGCCAUGAGGUUGAUGAUGGCAGAUAGGUCAGUGAAGAGACCUGUGGGCAUCCUAUGUGAUGUGCUCGUAAAGGUGGACACAUUCAUCUUUCCAGCAAACUUCGUGAUCUUAGAUUGCGAAGUGGAUUUUGAGGUUCCCAUUAUUUUGGGAAGACCAUUCCUGGCCAUAGGGCGAGCAUUGGUAGAUGUUGAGCGAGGAGAACUGAAAUUCAAACUCAACAAAGAAGAGGUAAAUUUUAAUAUUUGGAGGUCCAUGAAGCAACCACAUGACAUGAAUGUGGUGUCUGCGAUAGAAGUUUUUGAUGAAGAAGAAAUGGGAGCAAGCAUUAAAGAGAGGUUGGCUGUUGAAACCUUAACUGCAGUGCUGAUGAAUUUUGAAACUGAUUUUCGGUCUGACUAUGUAGAGACCGUGAAUGCUUUGCAGUGUAUGGGAGCACACUAUUAUGCUCCAAAGAAAUUGGACUUGGAUUUGAAAAAUAGGUCAAGUCCUCCAGCAAAACCAUCCAUUGAGGAGCCACCUGUGCUGGAACUGAAACAGUUACCCAGUCACCUGAGGUAUGUAUUUUUGGGAGCUAACAACACUUCACCUGUGAUUUUGGUUGCAGAUUUGAAUGAUGAACGGGUUCAAGCUGUGAUCAAAGUGUUGAUAAGGUACAAAAGAGCUAUUGGGUGGACCAUUGCUGACAUCAUUGGGAUACCUCUGGGAAUAUGCACCCAUAAGAUCCAACUUGAGGAGGACUGCAACCCAAGCAUUGAACACCAAAGGAGGUUAAACCCACAUAUACAAGAGGUGGUCAAAAAGGAGAUAAUCAAGUGGUUAGACAUUGGGGUGGUGUACCCCAUUUCUGACAGUCAUUGGGUCAGCCCAGUGCAAUGUGUGCCCAAAAAGGGUGGUAUGACUGUUGUUGUGAACGCAAAGAAUGAGUUGGUCCCGCAGAGGCUAGUCACUGCAUGGAGAGUGUGCAUGGAUUACAGAAAGCUGAACAAGUGGACCUUGAAGGAUCACUUCCUGAUGCCUUUCUUGGACCAGAUGCUUGACAGGUUGGGUGGAAAAGGGUGGUUCUUCUUCUUAGAUGGAUACUCUGGCUACAACCCAAUAUCAAUUGCUCCUGAAGAUUUGGAAAAGACUACCUUUACAUGUCCUUAUGGAACCUAUGCAUUUAAACGGAUGCCAUUUGGACUAUGUGAUGCACCAACAACUUUCCAGAGGUGUAAGAUGUUUAUCUUCUAA